UACCACCUUUUUAUAAUUUGCAGUUUUUCUUACAUUUGAAAAUAAAGCCUCAAGUGAAAAACAGUCAACUGAAGAAAAAAUGCUGUUUGUUUAAAUACGAACCACACAAAUUUCUUUUUCCUUUAAAACUAUCUUUUUCCGUUUAUUUCUCUUGUUUCAGCCAACGAAUUAAAUGCAUAAAAUACUAAAUGGAGUCAUUAAUUAAAUUGAACGUAAUUUACUUAAAUCGCUCACCAAUUUGCAAUUAUCAGUCAAAGCAUUCAUAUCAAAAAAUUUGAAAAUCAAAAUCAGCUAUUUUUCUGAAAGCGUGAUUUUUAAUGUCAGCUGGAUAACUUAAUUUUUGGCUUAUUCAAAUACUAAAAUUGGUCUGAAUAUCAAAAUCGAGACCAAAUUUUAAGUUCUCGAUUUCGGGUUAAAUUCCAUUCGAUAUUGGGGCGGUUCAUUCGAGAAAUUUCUCAACUUUGACCUCCAGACUAGAAAAUUUUGCAGAUAUUUCGGACAAUCAAACUUUAUCCAGAGCCACUCCUUGAGUUAAAAUUAGCUAAAUAUUUGAUAAUGGUUAUGUAGUUAUUUAUACCAUUGAGAUUGAGAGAAUAUAAUCUUUCAUUUACCAUCGGUAUCUUGAUACAGCAAGUUUACUACAAAACCUCAAAAUCUGUCGUUAAAUACAAACACUUGCAAAAUUCACCAAUAUGCAAGUGGUUAUUGAACUACUUGUUAUGGUAUUUCAAGUCCUCCUCGAGUAUUUCAAGUCGUUUUGUCGGCUUUUUUAUCGCGGAAAACCGAAGUCGAUUGAGGGGCAAGUUGUGUUGGUGACAGGGGCAGGAAGCGGAUUAGGCCGACUUCUAUCCUUGAAACUCGCCAUUAAAGGUGCCAAAAUAAUCGGCUGGGAUAUAAAUGAAGAUGGUCUUAAAGAAACUCAAAAUUUGGUUGCCGCCCUUUUUGAAGACACCGCAGAAACAGCAAAAAACGAUCGCUUCACGUAUGCGAUAGUUGACAUAACCGACCGUCAUCAAGUAUACGCAGAGGCCGAAAAAAUCGGCAAGGCGGUCGAUAUUCUAAUUAACAACGCAGGAAUUGUUACCAAAAACAGUUUCCUUUGUGAGAAAGACGACAUCGGAAUCGUGAAAACGUUCGAAGUUAACGUAAUUUCACAUUUCUGGACGGUGAAAUCGUUUUUGCCCAAAAUGAUGGAACAAAAUAGGGGUCAUAUUGUUACUAUAGCGAGUGUUGCGGGGUUCGGCGGGUCGCCCCGACUAACCGACUACAGCGCCAGUAAGUUCGCGGCGAUUGGAUUUCACGAGUCCCUUGUCUUUGAACUUCGUGGCCAAGGGUUCAAAGACACCAUAUUUGGAACUCUUGUAUGUCCGUACGUCGUGGAUACCGGGAUGUUUCAGGGAACUUCUAAAAACAAGAUGGAUUUCCUAAUGCCAAUUUUGAAGCCGGAGUAUGUUGUGUCCAAAAUUGAAGAGGGUAUUCUGUACAACUACUCAAAUGUGAUCAUACCCAAAUUGUGUUCAACAUUCGCAACUGCGAAGUUCCUGACAACCGCUGAAGGCUGGGCUGCAAUUGUAGAAGGCAUGGGAGGCCACAAUUUGUUCAAGGACUUGGUAGGAAGGAAAAAGGAAAAAUAAAAGAACGCGCAGAACACCAAGCAUUAUAUAACUAAAAUGGAAAAAAUUAUCGAAAAUUCUAGAAAACACAACGAUGAACAUAAAAGGCUCUGUUUCACAGCUCCCCCGUCACCCACUCCCCUUAAAAGGGUCAGAAGGCUGAGAAAUUUGCUCAAGGGGUGGUCCAAUUUGCUCAAGAGGUGGGGGAGGGGGUUAUGGUUUGGGGGCUAUGGGAACGGAGCCACAUCAGUAAACUUAUUUUCUAGUGCUGCUUCAGUUAAUUUAUCAGAUUUGACUUUGUUGAAAUAACUUGAGAUACCGAUACUGAUUGAAUUGUUUCUUUCUCAGUGGGCGUGUUUUUGAAAUAUGUUUAGAGUACAACCAUUUUGAAACAUU